CCAACAGUAUACGCAGAGGAUUUAAAGGACAUGUGGGAUGAUAUGGCCAAGGUAGUGGGGGUAUGGGAGAUUGUCAAUGAAAAAGAUGUACAUUCCAUCAAAAAGCUCUGGGGAAGAGCAUUUGAGCAACCAUAUGAGAAGGUUGGAGUUGGACUUGUCGUGGAAUUUGAGAGGGUAGUCCCAGUGAAGCCACCAGUUUACUGGGAGGUUUCGGGUACAGAUGUCAACACCAAAUAUAAGUCCAUGAUCCACAGAUUCCUUCUAGAGGUAUGUGUUUUUGUGAGGCUUCUAUCUGGCAUAAAGCCCAUAAAGGAACACAAUUUUCUACGUCUCCAGAUAAUAAGAUGUCACAGGGAGCUUAAGCUAGAUAAACCAGUCUCUGACUUCACCUGUGAUUCAUGGAAAAAGGCUGCUGUUGGGAGAAUUAAGAAAGCACUUCUUCACCUCAGGCCUCAUUCUGUUUGAUGCUAACUCCUACUGCAAAAUGCUAAGUGUAUGGUUGAGGACGAUCAAUAGAUGUUUGAGGUAGAUUUGGUUGGAGAAAAUAACUUAUGUAAAAUUAAAAUGGCUUCUCUGUAUGGAACUUAUCAGAACUUUUUUUUUUAAACAGUCAAUGUGUAUGGUUGAGGACAAUUAAUAUAUGCUACUUUGUUCCUUUGUUUUUCAUAUUGAAAUUCUUCUAUGCUUUUUUGGGCAAGAGUAAUUAUGGUAUUACCGUUAGUUAAUUAUGUAGAAACUGUUGAAUUUUUUGUGUUUUUCAUAGCAAACAAGCUGUUUCUUGAAUUUACUUUGAAGAGCUCCUUUGGUCAUUGACUUUGUCAGUAGAGGAAUGGUAAUUCUGUUCUUUUUUUUGGGUGAUUGCAUUUCUCAAUGUAACUGUUCAACAAACAAAUUAUAUGUAUGCUUAUGUUAUCUGCUUUGUGAGUCUCAUUGAAUUAAUUUGCUAUAACCAA